AUGAAUAGGCUUUCACCCUCUACCAGUUCGCUGGUCGCUUCGGUGCGCAUAAAGACAAGCUUUUGGCUAGACUCUGGGGGUGAUAACUACUUCAACUCUGCCGCUCGCAAGUGGGGUACGAAGGCCUCCGAUGCCAAGGUCAACACGUUCGUCCUCAAUCCCAUAUUCAUGAUUUUCGAUGAUCUCGAAGGCAAUGCUCUCCUCAAGGUCGUCAUGCGCAAGUUCUUGCCCGCUGGCGACUCCCUCCUGGAGACGACAAUUAUCAACCUUUCUUCCCCCGCCUCUGCUCAACGCAGCUCCGUUAAGACGCUCUACGAAGGUCUCAGCGAUGAUGAACGGCGCCCACUUCGGAUAAGGGACGCCUGCGGUCUUGCGUUCUCCGGUACCGUUCGUUCUGGUCCCGAGAUCCAUAUCCAGGGCCCCGACUACGAGCCUGGAAAUAAGGCUGACUUAUUCGUCAAGUCAGUCCAGUACACGGCGCUCAUGAUGGGUCAUUACAUGGAGUCUAUUCAAGAUCGCCCUACCGGUAACUUCUGCGGUCUCGUCAGUAUUGACCAGUUCUUGCUCAAAAGCGGAACUAUCAUCACCUCUGUGACUGCACAUGACGCGAGGGUCAUGAAGUUUUCCGAGUCUACUGCCGUGGAGGUUGCUGUUGAGGUCAAGAACGUGGCUGAUUGA